UCAAGCCCACGGCCGAUAAAUUUAAAAAAAAAAAAAAAAAAAAAAUCUCAAACGCCCCGUCAAAUUUCUCAGAUCGAAGUACCGCUUUCGCUCUCUAUCAUUUUCAACGGGGCGUUUGAAUUUUUUUUUUUUUUUUUUAGACAUUUGUAGGGUUUUUUUCUUUUAAUUGUUAUUAAGGGAUUAAGGUUUGGAUCCAGGAUUUUUUUUUUUUUUUAAAUUGUGAUUUCGAAGAGAGUUUGAGAAAAAAAUUUAAAUAAAAAAUGGACAAUAUAAUGACCAAGCUUCGGAAUUUGGAUGCGUAUCCCAAAAUCAACGAAGAUUUCUAUAGCCGUACGCUUUCUGGUGGCGUUAUAACCCUCGCAUCCUCCAUUGUCAUGCUCUUGCUCUUCUUGUCCGAGCUCCGGUUGUAUCUUCAUGCUGUAACUGAAACGAAGCUUGUGGUAGAUACUUCAAGAGGAGAAACCCUACGUAUCAAUUUCGAUGUCACCUUUCCUGCCCUUCCUUGUUCCAUACUCAGUCUCGAUGCAAUGGACAUCAGCGGAGAGCAGCAUCUUGAUGUAAGACAUGAUAUAUUCAAAAAAAGGUUAGAUUCACAUGGCAAUGUAAUAGAAGCAAGGCAAGAUGGAAUUGGUGCACCCAAGAUUGAGAAGCCUUUACAGAGGCAUGGUGGGCGGCUUGAGCACAACGAGACAUACUGUGGCUCCUGUUAUGGUGCAGAAGCAUCAGAUGAAGAAUGUUGUAAUAACUGUGAAGAAGUCCGUGAAGCAUAUAGGAAAAAAGGUUGGGCAAUUUCAAAUCCAGAUUUGAUUGACCAGUGCAAGAGAGAAGGCUUCCUACAGAGAGUUAAAGACGAAGAAGGUGAAGGUUGCAAUAUUUAUGGGUUCUUGGAAGUUAAUAAGGUAGCUGGGAAUUUCCAUUUUGCACCGGGGAAAAGCUUUCAGCAAUCAAAUAUGCACGUACAUGAUAUUCUGGCAUUUCAAAAGGAUAGCUUUAAUAUAAGUCACAAGAUAAAUAGGUUGGCUUUUGGAGACUAUUUUCCUGGUGCUAUGAAUCCUCUUGAUGGUGUGCAUUGGUCACAAGAAACACCGAGUGGGAUGUAUCAGUAUUUUAUCAAGGUUGUACCUACCGUAUACACAGAUGUGAAUGGGCAUACUAUCCAGUCGAAUCAGUUCUCUGUAACUGAGCAUUUUAGGACUUCAGAAAUAGGCAACCUUCAGUUUCUUCCUGGAGUCUUUUUCUUUUAUGACCUUUCUCCAAUCAAGGUUACUUUCACGGAAGAACAUAUUUCAUUUUUACACUUCCUCACAAAUGUGUGUGCUAUUGUCGGAGGUGUAUUCACCGUUUCUGGUAUACUAGAUUCUUUUAUAUACCAUGGCCAGAAAGCAAUCAAGAAGAAGAUGGAAAUUGGUAAAUUCCAAUGAUUGAUUCAGUCGGCUUAUAUCGGUGGUGCUGAAUAUGUUGGUUUGCCGGUGAAUGGCUUUCUUGGGGGAAUCGACCGAGGGGGAAAUGUAAUGGACUCUGGUUGUGAUUGGGAUGAAUCUUUUGAUCACAAACAAAUUUUUGGGAUGCUUUUUGCAUGAACAAUGGGAGUAGGUUGCAAUUCUGGAUCUUUAACUCGUCAAUGUCCCACUUCCAUCACUUGUGUAACUAACCAUGAUUUUGUGAAUAUGUGGUUCAAAGAAGAAAGAUGUGUUUUUCCCCAUUUCUUAAUGAAGAAUUUAUCGAGAUA